AUUGAGAAUUGAGCAAACCCAUCUUCUCCCCAUCAUUCAGAGAUCUCUCUCUCUAGACCUGAAGAAAUGUUGCGGUCACUCCUCAGAGCGGCCGCUUCAGCCGCAACCACCAGACCCCAAUCGAUUACAGCAACUCCAGCUUCUCAGCUAUGGUCUUCGAGAAGCUACGCUUCGAAGACCUCCAAAUCAUCACCGACAAAGGCCAAGAAAACCACCACCACCACCACCUCCAAGUCCAAAUCCAAGUCCUCCGCCAAAGACGACUCUUCCGCCACCGCCGCCGCCACCCCCAUCGACGACCUAGAAAACGAGGACCUCCGCGCUCGCCGCCUCGCCGAAGACGAGAACGACAAGUCCCUUGACGUCGGCCCCAAUGGCCGACCUCUCUUCACCUCCACACCUUCUCUCUCUCAGCUCUCCCGUAAAGACACUUGCUCUUACAUGAAAUUCAGUAUGGAGGAUUUGAGUGCGGUGUUGCCGGAGGGAUUGCCUUUGGGGAUGGUGAAGGAGUUCGAGGAGUCGAAGCGGAGUGCGUUGCUCAUUCGACAGUGUUUCUUGGACCUUCGUGAUAAUUUCAGACGCAUUGUGGAUCCUCCAUUGCAAUCCUCUGAUGGCAAAGGUUCAAAAGUUCGAAAGCAAAUCAUUUUGGACGGUCCUGUUAGCUGUGGAAAGAGUAUUGCACUUGCAAUGCUCGUUCACUGGGCUCGUGAUGAAGGUUGGCUUGUUUUCUAUGUACCCCAUGGUCGAGAGUGGACGCAUGGAGGAUUUUUCUACAAAAAUCCACAAACUGGUUUUUGGGAUACUCCACUUCAGGCAGCAAAUGCUCUUCAGGACUUCUUGAAAUACAAUGAAUCCCUCUUACAACAAUUACCGUGCCAAAUAUAUGAUCCUAUCCCAUUGGGAGAGGGCAUUGGUGUUGGGUGGAUGAAAGGGGUUGAUACCAUGGCAAUGCCUGAAGGUUCGACACUAUAUGAUCUCAUUCAAACAGGACUCGCUUACACACAUGCUGCCGUUGGAGUGCUAGUUCGUUUAAGGAAAGAGUUAUCACUUGUAAAAGAUAUACCUCUCCUCUUUGCAAUUGAUCAAUAUAAUAAUUGGUUUACGUUCAGUGAGUAUGAGGAGCCAGUAACUGUCCGUUCUUGCCGGCCUUUGCAUGCUAGAGAACUUGCAACGGUUAAUGCAUUUAGGUCUAUGAUGCACAAUGACAUGAUGGUUGGUGCUUUCUCACACUCAACAGCAGUAGGGAAGCUACGGAAGGACUUGCCAGAUGUUCCCACUGAUGCUCGCACUAAUUUUGCCCGAUACAAUUUAGAUGAAGCUGCUACUGUUUGUCACUACUAUGUCAGGCAAAGACUAGUACGGCGUGAAGCAUUCUCAGAGGAAGGUUGGAAGAAGAUAUUCUACCUGUCCAAUGGAAAUGGAUCCGAGAUGAGAUGGUUGCUUCCUUUCAUGAGGUGAUCCCAUUUGACGGUUUGUUACAAGUAACUAAGAUGCAUGAUAGGCAAAGUUGAUUGUUUGCUCUCACAGCUUUUGGCUUUUGAUACUUCUUCAGUGGAAAAAUAAACGUGAUAAUCAAUGUUUUUUUGAUUUCUUGAGUCCAGAAGAGGUCAAUGUAGUCAGCUAUCAGAUAUCCAUUCUCUUUGUUUACUCUUUUUGGUUGAGGAAGAUAAUUUUAUUGUAUCGCUGCCGAUUUAAUGACUGAAGACAAUGUACCAUAUGUAGACCGAUUUUCACAUCUACUGAGAUCAGUCCCAUUCCAUUUGUUCCUUCUACAUUAAUCUUUAUAGCUGCUUUUUUGUGUA